UAAUUUAUCCCACAACUAUUUCACAGGGCUGGUCCCCAGGACACCACCCCCCUGGCUCUGCCCCUCUGCAAGACCGGGUUCGAGCGGGAACCUUCUCGGCAGCUUCCAACUGCCUGGUGUACGGGGCUGCGACGGAGAAUUCGUUGUCCCACUCGCACUGGCCCCAUGAGCACAGGGGAGCUGCUGCAGGUGGGGAUGGCCCACCUCCCCCAUCCCCUCCCCCUUCCCCUUCUCCGCCCUCCCCUCCUCUGGAGAGCCCCCCCCCCCCCCCUCUCCUCCUCCCCCCCUCUCUCUCCUCCCCCCCUCCCCUCCCCCGCCCUCCCCUCCUGUGGACAGCUCCUCCUCCUAGCCCCCCUCCUUCUCCCCCCCUCGAAUCUCCCCCGCCGCCCUCUCCUCCUCCCCCUCUCCCCCCCCUCCCUCGCCACCACCAUCACCCCCUCCCCCUUCCCUCCUCCGCCCUCUCUUCCCCUCCCUCCCCCCUCCGCCAUCUCCCUCCCCCCCCCCCCCCUCCGCCCUCCCCAAGCCUUAGGGGGGAGGAUUUAGAUGCUAUAGCCAGUGGGGAUUUACCAGCUGUCCCUCCGGACUCUCCCCCACCUCCCCCAGACUCCCCCCCUCCCCCACCUCCAGACUCGCCCCUCCCUCUCUCCCCCUCCUUUCCCCCCUCCCUCCCCUCCUCCCUCUCCUCCUCCCUCGCCUCCCCCCCCGCCCCCUCCCUCUCCUCCUCCCUCACCUCCUCCUUCUCCUCCUCCCUCUCCUCCCCCCAGCCCUCCCCCUUCUCCUCCCCCCAAGCCUCCUCCCUCUCCUCCUCCCUCUCCUCCUCCCUCUCCUCCACCCCCUUCUCCUCCUCCUCCCCGCCCACCCCCACCCUCUCCCCCUCCCCCAUCCCCGCCGCCCGCCUCUCCUCCGCCGCCCGCCACCCCUCCGCCGCCACCCAGUAUUAA